GAAGAAAAGUGAUUAAAGUGAAUCGUAAAAAAAAGGAGUAAAACCAGCAACAACCAAGGUGACUAUAACUACAACAGGGGGGCCGUUGCAAAGGCUAUCCCAGGACCCAGGAGUGUCGGAAGCCUGACAUUCAAAUUCCUGGCAAACCCGAAGUAGUAGUGCUCGUCGGUGGAAGUUUUUAGCCCGCUAAGCGCCUUCACGCUGCUCCAGGCGUUUGAAUAGUGAGGAAGCGAAGUGCCGAUUAGGAGGUGACAAUCAGAACCAGAAAGGUGUGAUGGAUGAGAAUGCUGUGUGGCAUAGCAGGGACACCACAGCCUCCCUACAAAAAGAGCAAAUCCCCCAGAGCAAAGGUGGACUGUCUCAGCGGACAAGCCAACGCUCUCCCCUCAAGGACAUCCUGAACAACAGCCCUUCUCACACUAACAUUUCUGUGAAGAAGUUCAUGAAGAAAAAGUUGGAGGAGGCGUCAAGAUAUUUUUGGUUAACACGGAGAGAGCAGUCCAACCUGGGAACAUCUAUGAUCCCUGGGAGAGACACAUCACAACAACAUGAGGUGAUGCAGCAGCUGGAUGAGGAGGAAGAGUGGCGGGAGAGGACUGAGGUGGUGACAGCACUUGACCACCGCCACAACCUGGACAUGGCAAGGGAUCUGCUGGACCAGGCAUUGCUGGCAGCCACCUCCAGAGCUCAAACAAAGAAAGAUCAACCCAGUCCAGUUGGAUUUCGGGAAGUGAAGAACAUCUCAGUAGGAAACUCAGAUUCAGAAUAUGAAAGUGCAGAGGAGGAUGAACUAGACCAGACAUUGGCACCUCUGGGGAGGAGCAACCCUAUCUCACCUACUUGCAUGACCUCUCCCACAGCCUGGGCCAGCCCCUCUUUGCCUCAUCCAGCCUCAGCCAUUUCCACUCCCAACAGGUGUGACAGCUUUGAGAAUUCCCUUUUGAACAGUUUUGAGAACAUGAGGAUUGAGGAGAAAGAUGAAGAAAAAUUCCAUGAUGCCUCAGAUGAUUUUACCAAUCAGCAAGAUGAUGCUGAGUCUUCCACUCCAGAACCCUCCAGCAAGCAGAGUGCACAGCCUGCCACUCCAGGCAUGCCCAGCAAGCAGAGUGCACAGCCUGCCACUGGAAGUUCCCUCCUCAAGCAGAGUGCACAGCCUGCCACUCCAGGCUCCCCCAGCAAGCAGAGUGGACAGCCUGCCACUCCAAGCUCACCCAUCAAGCAGAGUGCACAGCCUGCCACUCCAGGCUCCCCCAGCAAGCAGAGUGCACAUCCUAUCACCAAGGAGAGUGCACCCCCUGUCACCAAGGAGAGUGCACCUCCUGUCACCAAGGAGUGUGCACCUCCUGUCACCAAGGAGAGUGCAUCCCCUGUCACUAUGGAGAGUGCACCUCCUGUCACCAAGGAGAGUGCACCUCCUGUCACCAAGGAGAGUGCACCUCCUGUCACCAAGGAAAGUGCACCUCCUGUCACCAAGGAGAGUGCACCUCCUGUCACCAAGGAGAGUGCACCACCUGUCACCAAGGAGAGUGCACCACCUGUCACCAAGGAGAGUGCACCACCUGUCACCAAGGAGAGUGCACCUCCUGUCACCAAGGAGAGUGGACCACUUGUCACCAAGGAGAGUGCACCCCCUGUCACCAAGGAAAGUGCACCCCCUGUCACCAAGGAGAGUGCAUCCCCUGUCACCAAGGAGAGUGCACCCCCUGUCACCAAGGAGAGUGCACCCCCUGUCACCAAGGAGAGUGCACCCCGUGUCACCAAGGAGAGUGCAGCCCCUGUCACCAAGGAGAGUGCACCCCCUGUCACCAAGGAGAGUGCACCACCUGUCACCAAGGAGAGUUCUCCAUCUGUUACCAAGGAGAUUGAACCACCUGUCACCAAGGAGAUUGAACCACCUGUCACCAAGGAGAUUGAACCACCUGUCACCAAGGAGAAUGCUCCAUCUGUUACCACAGAGAUUGAACCACCUGUCACCAAGGAGAUUGAACUACCUGUCAUCAAGAAGAGUGCAUCCCCUAUCACCAAGGAGCUUGCUCCAUCUGUCACCAAAGAGAGUGCACCACCUGUCACCAAGGAGAGUGCACCCCCCGUCACCAAGGAGAGUGCACCUCCUGUCACCAAGGAGAGUGCACCCCCUGUCACCAAAGAGAGUGCUCCAUCUGUCACCAAGGAGAGUGCACCCCCUGUCACCAAGGAGAGUGCACCUCCUGUCACCAAGGAGAGUGCACCUCCUGUCACCAAGGAGAGUGCACCUCCUGUCACCAAGGAGAGUGCACCUCCUGUCACCAAAGAGAGUGCACUACCUGUCACCAAGGAGAGUGCACCUCCUGUCACCAAGGAGAGUGGACCACCUGUCACCAAGGAGAGUGCACCUCCUGUCACCAAGGAGAGUGCACCCCCUGUCACCAAGGAGAGUGCACCACCUGUCACCAAGGAGAGUGCACCUCCUGUCACCAAAGAGAGUGCACUACCUGUCACCAAGGAGAGUGCAUCUCCUGUCACCAAGGAGAGUGCACCUCCUGUCACCAAGGAGAGUGCACCCCCUGUCACCAAGGAGAGUGCACCUCCUGUCACCAAGGAGAGUACACCUCCUGUCACCAAGGAGAGUGCACCUCCUUUCACCAAGGAGAGUGCACCUCCUGUCACCAAGGAGAGUGCACCUCCUGUCACCAAAGAGAGUGCACCACCUGUCACCAAGGAGACUGCACCACCUGUCACCAAAGAGAGUGCUCUGUCUGUCACCAAAGAGAGUGCACCCUCAGUCACCAAGGAGAGUGCAUCCCCUGUCACCAAGGAGUGUGCACCCCCUAUCACCAAGGAGAGUGCACCCCCUGUCACCAAGAAGAGUGCACCACAUGUCACCAAGGAGAGUGCACCACAUGUCACCAAGGAGAGUGCACCUCCUGUCACCAAGAAGAGUGCACCCCCUGUCACCAAGGAGAGUGCACCUCCUGUCACCAAGGAGAGUGCACCCCCUGUCACCAAGGAGAGUGCACCACAUGUCACCAAGGAGAGUGCAUCACCUGUCACCAAGGAGAGUGCAUCACCUGUCACCAAGGAGAGUGCAUCCCCUGUCACCAAGGAGAGUGCAUCACCUGUAACCAAGGAGAGUGCACCUCCUGUCACCAAAGAGAGUGCUCCGUCUGUUACCAAGGAGAAUGCACCCCCUGUCACCAAGGAGCUUGCUCCAUCUGUCACCAAGGAGAGUGCUCUAUCUGUCACCAAGGAGAGUGCACCACCUAUCACCAAGGAGAGUGCAACUCCUGUUACCAAGGAGAGUGCACUAUCUGUCACCAAGGAGAGUGAUCUGUCUGUCACCAAGGAGAGUGCACCACCUGUCACCAAGGAGAGUGUUCUGUCUGUCACCAAGGAGAGUGCAACUCCUGUUACCAAGGAGAGUGCACUAUCUGUCACCAAGGAGAGUGAUCUGUCUGUCACCAAGGAGAGUGUUCUGUCUGUCACCAAGGAGAGUGCAACUCCUGUUACCAAGGAGAGUGCACUAUCUGUCACCAAGGAGAGUGAUCUGUCUGUCACCAAGGAGAGUGCACUACCUGUCACCAAGGAGAGUGCACCACCUGUCACCAAGGAGAGUGCACCCCCUGCCACCAAGGAGAGUACACCACCUGUCACCAAGGAGAGUGCACCUCCUGCCACCAAGGAGAGUGCACCACCUGUCACCAAGGAGAGUGUACCACCUGUCACCAAGGAAAGUGCUCAGUCUUUCACCAAAGAGAGUGAACCACCUGUCAUCAAGGAGAGUGCACUGUCUGUAACCAAAGAGAUUGCACCAUCUGUCACCAAGGAGAGUGCUCCGUCUGUCACUAAGAAGAGUGCACCAUCUCUAACCAAAGAGAGUGCACCACCUGUCACCAAGGAGAGUGCACCACCUGCCAGCAAGGAGAUUGGUGAGGAGUAUAUGUCUGGCAGACAGACUCCUAAUACAGAAGAGAUCUGUCCAGUGUCACUCCCCAAGAAGGCUUACACUGACUUUGCUGAUAUGCUGGAUGAUCCUUCCUUUAAUCCCUUCACCACUAAAACUAGUGUUAUGAAUUCUCCAGAUAAACUAGAUUGCAUUGGAAGGGAGCCUGACAGUGGAAAGGAAAUAAAUGAGAUUACAGCCAAAGGUAAUGUUAUGAACUCACUUAAAAUCUCUGAGUGCCAACACAAGUUCCCUGUAGCUGAGAAGACAGUAGAGGUGAAUGCCUCCCCAAUUUGUGCAGAUAUUGGAGGGAUGGCAGAACAACACAUGUCCUCAACAAAGAGUAAUGAAGAUGAAGAAGAUUCUUUUCCACAGUGUGAUAUAGAUCAAGUUAGUCAAAAAGUCAAGGAUUGUUUAAUUCCACACAGAGAUGCAAUUCUUGCCUCACAAGAGAGGAACUUUGAUGUGAAGGACUCCUGCAGUAAUACAGAAAAAGAAGAGAACCAUGAGACAUUUGACAAACAACAACCUGCAGCUAAGGAUCCACUGGUGGGAUCUUCAGAGGAUGAGGUUCUAAUUCCUGGCAAAGGAUACAACUUAGACUUCCUGGAUAGUGAUUCCUUUGACCCAUUUACCACAAAAUCCUGUGUUAUGAAUUCCCCAUUGAGGCAAGAGAAUAAUAACAGUGUCUCGGGUAGUGAAAAUAAAGAUCCAGGCCUCUCCCAAAGGGUGAGAAAUAAAAAUAAAGCAACGCAGCUAAUAAAAGAUGGUGCAGCUGAUGAAGAAAUAAUCUCUCAGUUGACACCAAAAAAAGAUGAAGAGGAAAGUGAAGUUGAGAACAAGGUGGAAGAUUCUUUGGAAGAAACUGUUCUGGCCUGCCCAUCUGAGUAUCCUGACCAAGUCGGACAAGCACAUACAAACACAACACCUUGUAAACAGGUGGAUAUCCCGAGUCUCAUGGAUAUAAACUUUGACCCAUUUAAGACCAAGGCUAGCAUUGCCAACUCACCAGAUGUUAAAGCUCACUGCAUGGAUCAGGAAGAUGAUCAGAGCAAAGAAAAGAUGGAGGCUGUGCCUCAGAUACAAAAUACUCACAAAUCUGAGCUGCAUUCUGACCUUAUACAAAGUAGUGCACAGAAGGAAGGCAGUGGUGAUGGGUGUUCCCCUGCACCAGCAUCUGUAGCUAAAUCUGAAGGCAACACCUCCCUGGAUGUUCCCUGCUUCACUCCAAAAAUGGCAGGAGAGAAGAGUCUCAACACGGAGGAAGAGUUUACCAGUGCAUCUGAUUUCUUCAACAACCCUGAGGAGUUGGAUGCUUUGGAAACUCAUGGAGUUGAGGGAAACAAACACAACUUAGUUCGCAACUCCCUGUAUGUCAAGUUUGACCCUCUGGUGUCUGGCCGACAGUCUCUUGCUCCCUUUUUGGCCCAGCAGCUUCUCCAGAGAGGCCAGGAAGAGGAGCAGGAUGAAGGGGAGGAUAUGAGGCGGGGCAGUGGACUCAUAUAUUUUAGUCCAUCCCCAAAGAAGAAGCAGAAAGCAGAAGUGCAUCAUGAACAAGAAGUUCCAGUUGAGGCCUUCUUUUCCAUGAUGGACACCACCAUCACUCAUGAUAGCACCACCACAGCUGCCGAUGAUGGCACCACUCUUGAUGCCACAGCUCUUGAGGCAGCCAACAGCACAGUUAUCCAUCACCCGGUUGCAGCAGCAGCAGCAGCAGUAGUAACAGAGAAGAUGAUAAGGGAGGCAGAAAUGAACCAGAAAAUCAAGAACAUGGAGUUAAUGUUGCAGGAUGAAAUGUUGAGAAAGGGACGUGUCUUUGAGGAAGAGAAAAAGCAGUGGACCAAGAAGAUGGAAGAGCAGAGCAUUGCACUUGUUGCUUUAGAGGAAGAAAAUACUAAGCUCAAAGCCACUGUGCAGCAGAUGGUGGGGUUUGUGUCUAAGAUCAAGGACAGCUAUGAUGCCGCAGAGAAGAGACACCAGCAGAAAGAGGAACAGAAACACAAGGAGUGGGAGACAAAGUUGGCCAGUGUCAGUAAGGACCACAGCCAGACCAAGGAGGAACUGAAAAAGACCGAGGGAUCCUUCUUUGAACUUGUGAAGAAAUUUGAAAGGUUGCGUGAAGUGAGUGAAUUACUGGAGCAACAGAAACAAACACUUAUGGAGAAAGUUGAACAAAUUACCCAUGAGAAGAAUGAGUGUGUUGAGGACUAUAAGAGUGCUCUCAGUAUUCUGCAGGAGAAACAUGAAAAGGCUCAAGAGGAACACAGGAUUGCCAAAGAGAACCAUGAACAAGAGAUGAAAAGAGCAUCAGUCCUAAUUAAACAUGCAGAAUUGAAGAUCCUUUCUCUCACCGACUCUGUAACCAAGAAAGAUGUAGAGAUGAAGAGACUCACCACUCUCUUGGAAGACAUCACAGGGAACAUGGGAGCUAAGAGUUAGUGAGGUGCCACCUCAUUUGGGUUCUUCCUUGAAUAAUGAUCAUUAUACUUUUGCAGAAAAUAUAUGGAGUGAAAGUGAACCUGAUAUUCUGUAUGAUGAAAAAAUUAUGACUAAUAUGUUAAGGUAAGGUAAGCCAAUGGUUAUUGAAAACCUGGCAUGAGUUUGGCUCUCCAUUGCUUUGAUUACUAAAGCAGGAUGUCCUUAGGUUGAAAAGUUUACUUUUACUCAUUCCAAAACACAAAUACUUGUUCUUUUUUUGCCAUGCAUAGCAAAGUAUUUUUAUGGCAAUGGCUUUUCAAGACGGUAUAUUUAAAAGCAGCAAGAUAACUUUUACUUGCUUUUAUUUCUUGUCUAGUUCUCUUCAUUACAAUUUACUUUUUAGGUUUGUUAGUUAAAUGAAAACACACUUGCAUUAUUUAUAUUUAACAUUUAAUUGUGUAUCUGUAAAUUAUUGUCACUAAGCUGGUUACUUAUGAACUUGCAGCCAUUAUCAACUCUUCAUUUACUAGACUUUCUUGCUUUCAUUAUAGCCUUAUAACAUGUAAAUAAAAGUUUUAUUUCA